GCCUGGAGUGAGAGAGAGAGAUUGAGAGCGAAAGGUGAGCGGAGCUGAGGGAGGGGACGCGCUGCGGGGCUCCCCGAGUCUAUGGAGCGGGUUAAGAUGGCGGAGGCGGAGAGCCUGGAGACAGCGGCGGAGCACGAACGGAUUCUUCGAGAGAUCGAGAGCACCGACACGGCCUGCAUCGGGCCCACGCUCAGGUCUGUCUAUGAUGGUGAGGAACAUGGACGAUUCAUGGAGAAGCUUGAAACUCGCAUCCGCAAUCAUGACCGAGAAAUUGAGAAAAUGUGCAACUUUCAUUAUCAGGGCUUUGUGGACUCUAUAACAGAACUGCUGAAAGUGAGAGGAGAAGCCCAGAAACUCAAAAAUCAAGUGACGGAUACUAAUAGAAAACUGCAACAUGAGGGAAAGGAACUGGUGAUAGCAAUGGAAGAGCUGAAGCAGUGUCGGCUACAACAGAGAAAUAUUUCUGCCACUGUUGAUAAAUUAAUGCUGUGUCUUCCAGUUCUGGAGAUGUAUAGUAAACUGCGGGACCAGAUGAAAACUAAAAGGCAUUAUCCUGCACUGAAAACUCUGGAGCAUCUAGAGCAUACCUAUCUUCCUCAAGUCAGCCACUAUCGAUUCUGCAAGGUGAUGGUGGACAAUAUCCCCAAGCUUCGAGAAGAAAUUAAGGAUGUGUCUAUGUCCGAUCUCAAAGACUUUCUGGAGAGUAUCCGCAAACAUUCAGACAAAAUUGGAGAGACUGCCAUGAAGCAAGCACAACAACAAAGAAACCUGGAUAACAUCAUCUUGCAACAACCCAGGAUAGGUAGCAAGAGAAAAUCUAAGAAAGAAGCAUAUACAAUUUUUGAUACAGAGAUAGAAAGCACUAGCCCCAAGUCUGAACAAGAUUCAGGAAUUCUGGAUGUUGAAGAUGAGGAAGACGAUGAAGAGGUACCUGGGGCCCAAGAUUUGGUUGAUUUCUCUCCUGUUUAUCGAUGUCUGCACAUAUAUUCUGUCUUGGGGGCCCGGGAAACAUUUGAGAACUAUUACCGAAAACAAAGGCGAAAACAGGCUCGUUUGGUGCUCCAGCCUCCAUCUAACAUGCAUGAAACCUUAGACGGCUACAGGAAGUAUUUUAAUCAAAUUGUCGGCUUUUUUGUGGUUGAAGAUCACAUUUUACAUACAACACAGGGCUUAGUAAAUAGAGCCUACAUUGAUGAACUGUGGGAAAUGGCACUUUCAAAAACCAUCGCAGCACUCCGUACUCACUCGUCUUACUGCUCUGAUCCAAACCUCGUGUUAGAUUUGAAGAACCUCAUUGUGCUUUUUGCUGACACACUUCAGGUAUAUGGUUUUCCUGUAAAUCAGCUUUUUGACAUGUUAUUAGAAAUCAGAGACCAGUAUAGUGAAACUUUGCUAAAGAAGUGGUCAGGUAUUUUCAGAAACAUACUUGAUUCUGACAACUACAGUCCUAUACCAGUAACAAGUGAAGAGAUGUAUAAAAAGGUGAUAGGACAGUUCCCUUUCCAAGAUACAGAGCUGGAAAAGCAACCAUUCCCAAAAAAGUUUCCAUUUUCUGAAUUUGUGCCAAAAGUUUACAACCAAAUUAAAGAAUUUAUCUACGCCUGUCUGAAGUUUUCAGAAGAUCUUCAUCUAAGCUCAACUGAAGUUGAUGACAUGAUUCGUAAAUCAACAAACCUGUUGCUAACUAGGACUCUAAGCAACUCUCUGCAGAAUGUCAUUAAAAGGAAGAAUAUUGGACUUACUGAGCUUGUCCAGAUUAUUAUCAAUACAACACACUUGGAGAAAUCCUGUAAGUACUUGGAGGAAUUUAUCACCAAUAUCACUAAUGUCCUUCCAGAGACAGUCCACACUACCAAGCUGUAUGGCACCACGACUUUUAAGGAUGCCAGACAUGCAGCUGAAGAAGAGAUUUAUACCAACUUAAACCAGAAGAUUGACCAGUUUCUUCAGCUGGCUGACUAUGACUGGAUGACAGGAGAUUUGGGCAGCAAAGCGAGUGAUUAUCUAGUGGACCUCAUUGCCUUUCUACGUAGCACCUUUGCUGUGUUCACACACCUUCCUGGAAAGGUGGCCCAGACAGCAUGUAUGUCAGCUUGCAAGCAUUUAGCCACAUCUUUGAUGCAACUUUUGCUGGAGGCUGAAGUAAGGCAGCUCACCUUGGGAGCAUUACAGCAGUUCAACUUGGAUGUCAGAGAAUGUGAACAGUUUGCCAGAUCCGGCCCGGUGCCUGGGUUCCAGGAGGACACGCUGCAGUUGGCCUUCAUCGACUUGAGACAACUUUUGGAUCUCUUCAUCCAGUGGGAUUGGUCAACCUACCUUGCUGACUACGGUCAGCCCACCUGCAAGUACCUCCGGGUGAACCCUGUGACGGCUCUGACGCUGCUUGAGAAGAUGAAGGACACCAGCCGCAAGAAUAACAUGUUUGCACAGUUUCGGAAAAAUGAGCGAGACAAGCAGAAAUUGAUUGACACCGUGGCCAAGCAACUCCGGGGACUCAUCAGCAGCCACCACUCAUGAAGACGGGCCUCAGGCCCACAGAGGCUGCUGGCUGCAGCCCCAGAGUCUGGGACCCAGCGCUGGCUGGCCCUGCCUUUGUGCAUUCUUCUUCAAAGAGAACAAAUGUAUUUUUUUAUAAUAACCUAUGUACAGUAUUCGCAUAACCUUUCCCUAUAGUAGAAGAGGCACGAGAGUAAGCAAGUCCAUGAGACGUUGCUCAGCCAGGCUUCAGGGGAAGCCAUGCUACACUGUAUCUUCCUAGAGACGGUGGUGUCAUCCGUCCAGUGUGAGGAACCACCUUUCAUCUGUGGCUCUAGAGCUUAGGUCUGGGGCUCAGAAACUGCACAAACAAAAUGGGCACGUGGCACUGGGAGGUAAGGUGAGUAGGCAGAAGGAUAAUAAAGUGCAUCCUGUUCACUCCUCGGUACCCCAUUCACUGCGUGGGUGAGGCUGGUUGUUGUUGAUGCAAGGAAAGGGCCUGGAAGACCCUACUCCUUGGUCCAUGAAAGACCAACACGCAGCUGUGGAGUUCCAGAGGUUUCUUCUCCUCAGUCCAGUGACUUUCCCUGACCAGACAGCAAGCAUGCCGUUGUGACCAGAUGAGAGCUUCACUGCCGUCCCCCUGAGGAUGGCGUCUUUUAGCCUAGAUCUGCCCGCAGUGCUUUCACUCCUGGUUCUUCUGGGCCAUGGGAGAGCCAAGUACGCAGCGGGACUAACUAGACCUCAUGACUAGCUGUGGGCCGCCCCCACACCCAGAGGAGGUCUUGACGCCAGUGUGAAUGGGAUCAGAGCCCCAGCCCCUUCCCCGUUCCUCUCACUGCCUUCUUUCCAGGUCAGGCGCCUGGUUCAGGGCAUAUGUCCGCAGUUAUUCCACAGACAGAGAAUCUCAGACUCGGCCUCCUCCAGCAGUGUCAUUGGGAUAGUCAGCUUGCAGAAGCCUGAAAAAUGACCUUUUGCCUUCCGCUUAGGUAAAACCUGAAGAUUACUGGGAAUCGUUCCUUUGUGUUUUAAAACCAGCUUUCUGGCCACCAUCUCUAUAGGAAAUGCCACCAGCUUUGUGCUGUGGAGAGAGCUUUCUCUGGGCAUGCCUCUGGGAUGGAGCCACUGUCACCAUGAAGUAGAGCAGCUCAACCAUGACUAAUGGUUUGUCACCCCAGCCAUCCCUCACCAAGUCAUACCCUGGAUAAGAAGCUCCUGCUCAAGCCUAAAGCUUCUGUCCCCCU